CCCGGCCGUGCUGCGAAGUCUAGAAGCUGAGGCGGAGAGUGGGAAGACACUUGGGAUUGGAACAAAACCAGCGGCCAGGAUGGGCCACCGGUCACAGGGCAAGGAUGGCGGAUGCAGCGACACUGGCCAUGGACCAGCCAGCCGGCCUGCAGGUGGACUACGUCUUCCGGGGUGUGGAGCAUGCCGUGCGGGUGGUGGUGUCUGGGCAGGUGCUGGAGCUGGAGGUGGAGGACCGGAUGACAGCCGACCAGUGGCGGGGCGAGUUUGAUGCCAGCUUCAUUGAAGAUUUGACUCACAAGACAGGGAACUUCAAACAGUUCAACAUCUUCUGUAACAUGCUGGAGUCGGCCCUCACCCAGAGCAGUGAGUCGGUCACCCUUGACCUGCUGACUUACACAGAUCUGGAGUCCCUGCGGAACCGGAAGAUGGGGGGCCGCCCAGGCCCCUUGGCCUCGAGGUCGGCCCAGCUCAACUCCAAGCGCUACCUGAUCCUCAUCUACUCCGUGGAGUUUGACAGGAUUCACUACCCGCUGCCCCUCCCGUACCAGGGCAAGCCAGACCCCGUGGUCCUGCAGGGCAUCAUCCGCUCACUGAAGGAGGAGCUGGGCCGCCUCCGCGGGCCAGACCGUCAGGACGCCCGGCAGGCCCCGGAGACUGAGAUCUGGCACCUGCGGGAACAGGUGUUGCGCCUGGCGUCUGAGAAGCGGGAACUGGAGGCCCAGUUGGGCCGAACGCGCGAGGAGGCGCUGGCCGGGCGGGCGGCGCGCCAGGAGGUCGAGGCACUGCGCGGGCUUGUGCGCGGCCUGGAGCAGGAGCUGCGGCAGGAGCGCGGCCUCGGGCACCGCGGGGCUGGCCGGCGCAGCCAGGAUUGCCGCCGCCUAGCCAAGGAGCUCGAGGAGGUGAAGGCGUCGGAGAGGAGCCUGCGCGUGCGGCUGAAGACGCUGAACGGAGAGCUGGCGCUGUACAGGAGAGGAAGACGGACUCCGCCCGCGGUGCUCCUCUCGGCCCCGGAAGAUCGGGUCUCGUCGUCCCGGGAGCGCUCCACAUCGCGCGGCCGCUGCGCCAUCCGCUCCUCCUCCCAGGAGAGCGGCCGCGGGGGCCGGGGCCGGGGUCGAGGCCGCCCCGCCCGCCCCUCGCCGUCGCCGCCAGGUGGUCGCGUGACCCGUUUCGACCCCACAGCCUUUGUGAAAGCCAGGGAGAAGAAGCAGAGAGAGAGCAAGAUGCGGCAGCAGCAGCGGAACCGACUGGGCAGCGGAGGGAGCGGGGAUGGGCUGUCCAUCUCCCGGUCGCGCCAGACUCGGCCCCCAGCUGCCGUGACCGGCCGAGGCGACGCGGUUAACCGCUCCCGAAACCGCAGCUCCUCAGUGGACAGUUUCCGCAGCCGCUGCUCGCCCGCCAGCUCCUGCAGCGAGUUCGAGGAUUUCUCUGAAUCCCUCCCUAGAGGCUCCCGCCACCGUCGGGGGAAGCCUCCCAGCCCCACAUCCUGGAGUGGGUCCAAUACGCAGCAGAAGUCCACACCCCUGGAACAUGGCAGCCGUCAGAGACGCCUGGCCAGUUCGGGGGGCUGGGUACCCAUGAAAGAGUACAGCUCUGACCACCAGGCGGCUGACAUGGCAGAAAUAGACGCCCGCCUGAAGGCCUUGCAGGAAUAUAUGAACCAGCUGGACACGCGCUCGUGACCUCGAAGAGGGAGCACUGACCCUUCACCCCCUACCCACCCCUGAAUUCAGUGUGCCUGCCCAGCGGCCGGGGUGUCCUUCCAGUGGCCCAGGUCCUGCCCAUCUGGUGCUCACAGGGCUGCAGGUGUGUGAGGCCUUGACCCUGGCCUCUCCCCCAGGCAUUGCAUGCUGGGAAGGAGGGUAUUUUGUAAAUAAACAGAUUUGCUUUUGGGA